AUGGGGACGUACCUGGCGAUCCCACCUAGGGACCACCCUCACCUCUCUUGGUUGUUCUUCCUGGUCAUAUGGUGCUUAGCGGAAUUGGUGUCCCCUGGCUUCACAGAUAAUGGUCCAUUUACCAUCCGCCAUGAAAACAGUGGCAAAUGCCUUAAAACUGCGAGUGGUUGGGUAUUGGCAGUGGACUGCAAGGAGACCAAUGAUAUGCAGUGGAAGUGGGUAUCACAGCAUCGCCUCUUCCAUGUGGAGUCCCAGAUGUGCCUUGGAAUAGACAUUGCCAAACCUAAAGAUUCCUUGAAAAUGUUCAGCUGUGACUCAAAUGCCAUGUUAUGGUGGAAAUGUGAGUAUGGUUCUUUGUACAGUGCUUCACAGUACAGACUGACUUUGAAGGAUGGAAAAGUGACAGCAAAUGUAAAUUCUUCUGAUACUUGGAAGAAAGGAGACUCUGAUGAACACCUCUGUGACCAGCCUUACCAUGAGAUAUAUACCCGGGAUGGGAACUCUUAUGGGAGGCCUUGUGAGUUUCCUUUCUUACAUGAUGGUGUCUGGCAUCAUGAAUGUAUUUCUGAUGGAAAUCAUACAGGGACAUGGUGUGCUACAACCUUAAAUUAUCCAUAUGACCAGAAGUGGGGAAUUUGCUUAAAACCAGAGAAUGGCUGUGAAGAUAAUUGGGAAAAGAACGAGCAAUUCGGAAGCUGCUACCAGCUUAAUACCCAGGCAGCUCUUACAUGGAAGGAAGCAUUUGUUUCGUGUCAAAAUCAAGGAGCAGACUUAGUAAGCAUCUCCAGUGCUGCUGAAUUAAUUCAUCUUAAAGAUAAAGAGGGGAUUCCAAACAUGUUCUGGAUUGGUUUGAAUCAACUAGAUUCUUCAAAAGGUUGGGAAUGGUCUGAUCACACUCCAUUAUAUUUUCUCAACUGGAAUCCAGAAAUUCCCAGUUCACCUACAAUAGGUGGCUCAAGUUGUGUAAUAAUGAAUGCUGACUCAGGCCAGUGGCACAGUUUUCCGUGUGAAGCUCAGUUCCCCUAUGUCUGCAAGAAGCGACUGAAUGAAACAUCGAAGUCAUCAGAUGUUUGGACAUAUUUAGAGACCCACUGUGAUCCAGGCUGGCUGCCAAACAAUGGAUUUUGCUAUCUGCUGGUAAAUGAAAGUGAUUCCUGGGAUGAGGCAAAUGCAGAAUGCAUAUCCAACUCCAGUAACCUAAUCAGCAUGCAUUCUUUAGCAGAUGUGGAGUUAGUUGUCAGAAAGCUCCAUGGAGGAGAAACCAAAGAAGAAAUAUGGACAGGUCUUAAGAAUAAUGGUACACCAGCUUUAUUUAAAUGGUCAGAUGACACUGAAGUGACUCUUACUUACUGGGACCAAAAUGAGCCAAAUAUUCCCUACAAUAAAACUCCUAACUGUGUUUGCUAUUCAGGAAAGUUAGGUCACUGGAGAGUCCAGUCCUGUGAAAAGAAACUCAAGUAUGUGUGCAAGAAAACAGGAAAGACAAUCAAUGAAACAAAAUUGGAUAAGGACUGUCCUCAAGAAGAGGGCUGGGAGAGGCAUGGAGAAGCUUGUUACAAGAUAUAUAAUGAUGAAGUCCCCUUCGGAACUCUCUGCAAUCUGACAAUAACUAGCAGAUUUGAGCAAGAAUUCUUAAACAGCAUGAUUAAAAAGUACAGUAAAGGUAGAGGAAAAUCCUUUUGGACUGGUUUGAGAGAUGAAGAUUCACGAGGAGAGUAUAAAUGGGCAGAUAUAGGUGGGACCAGGCCAGUUGUAACCUAUGUAAACUGGAAUUCUCUUGAGCCAGCUUCGCCGGGUGGAUGUGUGGCUUUUGCAAGUGGAAAAUCACUCGGAAAAUGGGAGGUCAAGGAUUGUAAAAGCUUCAGAGCACUUUCUAUUUGCAAGAAAAGAAUUGGGCCCCCAGAGCAUGAGGAAGCAGUUCCUAAACCCGAUGAUCCCUGUCCCAGUGGAUGGCACAGUUUACCAACAGGGCUUUCCUGCUAUAAGCUGUUUCACCAAGAGAGAGUUGUAAGAAAAAGAACUUGGGAAGAAGCUGAAAGAUUCUGUCAGGCGCUUGGAGCACAUCUUCCUAGUUUCAACCAGAUGGAUGAGAUGAAGGAAUUUCUUAAUUUUCUAAAGAGCCAGCUGAGUGACCAGCGUUGGAUAUGGGUAGGAUUAAAUAAAAGGAGUCCAGAUUCUCAAGGAUCUUGGCAAUGGAGUGAUGAUACACCGGUCUCUACUGUGGUCAUAUCAGAUGAGUUUCAGGAAGAUUAUGACAUUAGAGAUUGUGCUGCUUUCAAAGUCAGCCAAAUGCAUUGGAGAAGACGUUGGCAUUUUUAUGAAUACAGGGAUUUGAUUAUUUACUUAAGACCUUUUGCUUGUGAUAUAGAACUUGAAUGGGCAUGCCAGAUACCAAAAGGAUACACUCCAAAGACACCAGAGUGGUUCAACCCUGAUCAGGCUGGAAUUCACGGACCUCCAGUUGUUGUUGAAGGCAGUGAAUAUUGGUUUGUUCCUGAUACUCACUUGAACUAUGAUGAAGCAGCCUUGUAUUGUGCAAGUAAUCAAAGCUCCCUUGCUUCUCUGAAGUCACUCACAGCACUAAAUGCCCUCCGAGACAAAAUUGCAAAUCUAUCUAGUGAUCAACAGAAGUGGUGGAUUAAAACUCUUGAUCACAUAAGAAAUUAUCAUGAUAUGAGCUUUCAUGCAUGGCAUCGUUUUCCUAUGAUUUAUGAAAAGGAGUGCUGGUACAUCUCUUCCAAGAAUUGGUUUAGAGACUUACACAAGCCCGCUGACUGCAGAAUCAAACUUCCUUUCAUAUGUGAAAAAAAUAACAUAUCUUCAUUAGAGAAAUAUACUCCACAAUCGGCAUCUAAAGUCCAGUGUUCUGGGGAUUGGAUUUCAUUUAAGGACAAGUGUUUUCUGAAGAUUAAACCAAAACUUCGUACAUUUUUGGAAGCCCAGGGAGAUUGUCGUACCUAUGGUGGUACCCUUCCUUCAGUCCUGAGUCAGAGUGAACAAGACUUCAUGACAUAUUUACUUCCUGAUUUGGGAACUAAUGUUUGGAUUGGUCUGUUCAGAAGUACUACAACAAAGAUGAGCAAAUGGACUGAUAACAACAAGCUGUUAUAUAGUAACUUCCACCCAUUAUUGCAGGGACGGGAGCAAAGGAUACCAUUGGAUUUUUUUGAUGAAGACUCAAACAACCAUUGUGCUGUGAUGCUCAACCUUCAGAAUUCAACUUUAACUGGGACAUGGAAUUUAACUUCCUGUAAAGAAGAACACAAUUUAUCUUUAUGUCAAAAAUAUUCAGAAAUUCAAGACAGUCCUGUGUUGCAGAAUGCCUCUAGAAUUGUAAAGUAUCAAGGUUAUUCCUACAAAAUAAUCCAGAAAGACAUGAGGUGGAAUGAGGCCCUGACUGAGUGCCAAAAGGAGUCCAUGCAGUUAGUGAGCAUCACAGAUCCAUAUCAACAAGCUUUCCUUACUGUGCAAACUGUUCUUAAUAAUUCUUCGUUGUGGAUUGGACUCUCAAGCCAAGAUGAUGAACUCAACUAUGGUUGGUCAGAUGGAAAACAUUUCAGUUUUAGCCGCUGGUCUGAAAAUAGUGCACAACUUGAAGACUGUGUAAUUUUGGACACUGAUGGUUUCUGGAAAGCUUCUGGCUGUAGAAGCAUCCAAUCAGGUGCUAUCUGUUAUAACUCGGGAAACAAGACAGAAAAGGAGGUGAAGAAAGUUAACCCUGUUAAAUGCCCAUCCACUGUUCUCAAUACACCUUGGAUACCAUUUCAGAAUAGUUGCUACAAUUUCAUGAUUGCCAAAAAUAGGUUCUUAGCAGUAACAAGAGAUGAAGUACAACUUCAGUGUCAGAAGCUAAAUCCAAAGGCACACGCUCUGAGUAUUCGAGAGGAGAGAGAGAAUGACUUUGUUCGUGAACAGCUUCUCUACUUCAAUUAUAUGGCUUCAUGGGUAUUGUUGGGUAUAACUUAUGAUGAUGAUUCUUUAAAGUGGUCUGACAAGACUGCCUUGUCCUAUACCAACUGGAAAAGAGGAAGACCAACUAUAAAAAACAAGAAAUUUUAUGCUGGUUUGAAUACCGAUGGCUUCUGGGAUGUCUACCUUUAUAAUAAUGUCGAAGAAGCUCUUUAUUUUCACCAACACAGCAUUCUUGCUUGUAAAAUUGAAAUGGUUGAAUACAAGGAAGAAUACAACCGUACCCUGCCAAAAUUAAUUCCAUAUGAAGAUUCUAUAUAUAAUGUUAUUCAAAAAAAAUUCACAUGGUAUGAAGCAUUGAGAGAAUGUUCCCAAAAUGGGGGCUCUUUAACAAGUGUGCAUGACAAAAAUGAUCAGCUCUUUUUGGAGGAUCUUGCAAAACGCGAUGGAUUUCCAUUAUGGACGGGACUGUCAAGUCACGAUGGAAAUGACUCAACUUUUGAAUGGUCUGAUGGAAGCACAUUUGACUAUAUUCCAUGGAAGGAACAAAACUCCACAGGAAAUUGUGUUGUUUUGGAUGCUAAAGGAAUUUGGAGGCAUGAAAAAUGCAACUCUGUUAUGGACGGUGCUAUUUGUUACAAACCUAAAAACGCUAAAAUACAGCCUCUUCAAAAACACUCAUCAAGGUGUCCAUCACCCAAAGGGACCCCAUGGAUUCCAUUUGGAGAUUCCUGUUAUACAUUCAACAAGUCAUUGCACAAUUUAUCCGAGGCCACACAGUUGUGUCCAGAACUUGAUAGUGCAGCAACUAUUGUUACCAUAAAAAAUGAAGAUGAGAAUAAGUUUGUGAGCAGAAUGAUAAGAGAACAUAAUUAUGUCACAAUGAGAGUUUGGCUUGGAUUAUCUCAACACUCUAAUGAUGAGUCUUGGAGCUGGUUGGAUGGUUCAGUAGCAGAGUAUGUCAAAUGGGGAAAUGAAAGUAUGAAUAUUGGUGGAAAGUGUAGCAUCUUGCUGGCCUCAAGUGAAACAUGGACUAAAGUUAAAUGUGACCAAGGCCACGGAAGAGUUGUUUGCAAAGUCCCUAUGGGAACAAACUACAGAGGAGUGGCUAUCGCAAUUGCGUUUAUGACUUUCUUAGUUCUAGUUUGUGUACUGAUUUGGUGCCUCUACCAAAAGAAACGUUUUCAGUGGGCUGGCUUCUCUUUGGUGCGCUUUGACCAUGGGGCGAAUGAAGAUGAGAUUGUGCUUCCAUCAUUCCAUGACUGAAUUAUUCUAGAAGCUUGAUGAUUUGCCAUUUGUUAAAGAGAAGUAGAUUUUCAAAUAUAUUGCAAGGAAUGUGGUGCCUAUUUCAC